GCGACUAGCCCCUCAUCACGAUAGGUAUCUUCUCCUUCCUUUUUCCCUUGCCGCCCUCUUGGCGCCGGGGCAUGCACAUUUCCACAUCCAUCCUGGGCUCAGUGACAACCCAACGCAGAGGGGGUUCGUGGGCGCUUCUGCUCCGUACGCCUCAUGGAUCUGACCGAGAUAGCCGUCCUGUCUCAAUCUUGAUGAACCAGAAAGCAAACUUGGAUACCCCCAUCUGCCAACUCCGCCUAUCUGUUGACUGCGAUCCUUGAAACAAGAUGGGAUGAUGAAAUACCUGGUCCAAGGGCCGCGCGUGGUAGGAGCGCGGGGGUCACUGUGGAUGCGGCCGGCCAGAGGUUAGGGAGAUAGUGCUCGCCUCCAAAAGCUUCCAGAACAAUGUUCAGAAUCUGCGUAUUGUGGGUAGGGCGGUUUGGAGUAUCGACAAUGAGAAAUCGGCACCAGCCAGCAACAGGUGCCGGAAAUCUCAAGACAGCUUUCUGGCUUGUGGCCCGAAAUCCCGCUUGCCGUCUGUUCAUGUCUUAUGUAAGCACAUCACGCCAAGGAGUCCGGCCAGAUGACAUAAUCUCUUGUGAUCCGUGCUUGAUUGAUGACUAAGGUCGCGGAACAAGAUGGCUGUCACGUGCACCUUCGCCGGCCCAUCGGAGCUUGCAGCUUGACGACCGUCUGUCACGGUCCGGAAAAUUCCAUACCAUCACGGCCAAACAUUCAAAUCACCUCUCCAGCCAUUGAGGCCGCAAUCAUGGGUGCCAGCGAGUCAAAGCCGUCCUCCAGCACGCCUCCACACCUGUGGAAGGCCAGCUCGCCCAGCGGCAUCUCCCACGACCUCGUCGAGUCCCUGCAGACCAGCCAUGAGACUGACGCAUCCCGCACGCAACUCACCGAGAUCCAAAUUCAGCGCCGCGUUGCCGAGGAGCUGAAGCGCCUGCAGGCCAAGGAGUCAGAGGCCCUCCGCCUCGCCCACGACAAGAUCGCUACCGAGGACAAGCCCGCGCCCGAGGGUCAGCGCAGCCACGAGAGCGUCAAGAAGGAGGUCGAGGCCCUGCGCGCCAAGCUCGCCGAGCGCAAAAAGGUGCGCGAUUUGCCCGAGGCGGUUGAGACGGCGCGCGGCAACGUCGUGCGGUGUCUGCGGGAUAAUGACCGUCGGCCGCUCGAUUGCUGGCAGGAGGUUGAGGCUUUCAAGGAGGAGGUGAAGCGGUUAGAGAAGGGGUGGGUUGAGAAGAUUGUCUCGUGAAUUGGACGAGGGGAAAUGGGGAGUUCCUCUCUGGGUCUGUCUUUGAAAACAGUUGGAGACGGAUGGGAGAGGAUGGUUUCUUUAUUUUGCGUUUUCUUGUGAGCCAUGAAGGGGGUUAGAGAGAUACGCUGGAUCAAGAAGAGAAGAAGCAGGGCAGUAGGACGUGAAAGUGUAACAACAUGCUACUGGCGGGCAAACGAUACAAGAGAAGAAAAAGUGUAUAGAUGGCGAAUGAAUCUUGGUUCACAUCAUAAGUUCCCCCCUUAAUGGAAGUCUUGAUUUUUGUUUA